AUGGAGAUUUCACUUCAAGAUACGACUGGCAGCUCAUUGCCCAACUUAGCAUACAAGGGCGCUCACCAGGCGUUCUCGGAUCGCUGGAAAGAGACGGAUGCCACCAUGUGUCGCCACAGCAUGUCCUUCCACCUGCACCACGCGAUGAGGAGUGAGUUCUUUGCCAGCUACCUGUACCUGCUGGAGAAAACUCCUGUGGUGAAGCUGUUUCCAGUCACCUGUGAGUUCAUUAAAGGAGAGAAACAGUUUUACUACAGAGCUCAACAGUUCUAUGAGGACGUCCCAGCCUCGGAGGAAGGCAUGCUGGGAGAUUUUCUGGAGAUAUGCAACGUUGAUCUGGAGGGUUCCCGGCAGUUUCUGAAGGGGUUUGUGGGUCCCGGUAAGGCUGGCACGCACUGUGCCCUGGACUGUGGCUCCGGGAUCGGCCGUGUGUCCAAAGGCGUCCUCCUUCCUGUGUUUGAGAAAAUGGAGUUGGUGGACAUGAUGGAGCACUUCCUGCUCCACGCGCACGAGGAGUACCUCGGAGACGACGCCGAUCGCAUCGAGACCUACUACUGCUUCAACCUGCAAGAGUUCACACCUCCAAAAAAGAAGUACGACGUCAUCUGGAUGCAGUGGGUGGCAUGCCAUCUAACAGACAAGGACCUGAUGAACUUCCUAGUGCGCUGUAAGAAGAGCCUGCGUCCAAACGGCGUCAUCAUAAUGAAGGACAAUAUGGCGCGGCAGGGCUGCAAGCUGGAUCCCAUCGACAGCAGCAUCAGCCGCCACCUGGACAUCAUGAAGUGCAUCAUCGCCAAGGCCGGCCUGGAGGUCCUGGCUGUGGAGAGACAGGAAGGCUUCCCUGAGAUCAUGAUGCCCGUCUGGAUGAUUGCGAUGAAAUAG